AUGAUCAGCCACGCCUCUUCAAUUUAACUGUCAUGGAAGAGGACUGAUCACGUGGUAUUGGAAUCGGGAAUGAAAGUUGGGUGUGUGUGUGUGUGUGCACCGCAUGAACUACCAAACCAUCAGUAUGGCGGGCGAUGCCUCCACCAAUUUCCCGGGCCCUUACCGCCAGGCCCCGGACGUUUCAUCGAUCCAAUCCGCGAAUGACGAUGAUGAACCUAGAUUUGGGGCAGCUAGCUCGAGUCCAUCGGAACUCUUUGCGCAAAGUUUCACAAUUCGUUCCUUGCUCGUCGGGAUUCUCAUUGGCGCCUUGAUCACAUUCUCCAACACCUACUUCGGCCUGCAGACGGGAUGGAUCAGUACGAUGGCAAUGCCAUCUGCACUGAUCGGCUUCUCUGUCUUCAAGGUCUUUUCCAAGAAUUUAUCUUAUCCGUUUACUCCAAUCGAAAAUGUCCUCAUACAAACGGUCGCAGGAGCCGUGGGAACAAUGCCGCUCGGUUGUGGCUUCGUCGGCGUGAUUCCUGCUCUGGAAUUUCUUCUCAGGGAUGGGCAAGAUGGCCCAUCCGGUGGCGAUGGUGCGGGAGAGGGAGGCCCGCUCAAGCUUGGCUUUGGAAAGCUGGUUCUCUGGAGCCUUGGGGUAUGCCUAUUCGGCGUUGUUUUCGCCGUUCCUUUGAGGAAAGAAGUCAUAGUGAGGGAGAAGCUGAAAUUCCCUAGCGGCACAGCAUCUGCAUUAAUGCUUAAAGUACUUCAUGGUGGCGGAUGGCGUAGUGAGAAAACAGACGCCCGCCCCAGUGAAGCUGGCGAGGCCCCAGAGUCUCGAGAACAUGAUGAAGCACCAUUGUUGUCGCGUCGCCCGGAGGAGGACCCCGAUAUAGUCCUGAAGGAUGAUUCUCUCGACCUGGCGAGAGAAAAAGAAGAUUGGAGGUCGAAGAUGCGUCUCUUGGUGGGCGCAUUCGCAGUAUCUGGCGUAUAUACAUUGUUUUCAUACUUUGUCCCCCAAGUCCGCGAUAUUCCCAUCCUUGGGCUCUACCUCGCUCGCAACUGGCUGUGGACUCUCAAUCCUUCGCCUGCCUAUGUUGGACAGGGAAUUAUAAUGGGUCCGUCUACGUGCAUGCACAUGCUUUUUGGUGCUUUAUUGGGAUGGGGUUUACUUUCACCUCUUGCGAAAGCUCGUGGCUGGGCUCCUGGCCCGGUGGACAGCUGGGAAGAUGGAAGCAAGGCAUGGAUUGUAUGGGUAUCUUUAGCCAUCAUGCUUGCAGAUUCCAUUGUCAGUCUUAGCUGGCUGGUGGUACGGCCACUUCUAACAUACGCUCCUCAAGUGAAAGACAAACUAUUUUCUAGUCGCAUUGGACGUCGCGUGUUGCCCGAAGCAGUAACGUCUCGUUCUCACCAGCGUUCAUACGUCAACUACUCUGCCUUGAGUCCUAUCACCGAAGAAUCAUCUUACCAGAGCCGUCUCUUUCCGCCGCCUCUCGUUCAUCCCAAGUCUAAUGGGGAUGAUGAAGAUGCGCCACCCUCGCAGCUUAUUUCUACUCGUACAGUGCUCAUAUUAUUUCCACUAACACUCAUCCUGAACGUUGUCUGCAUGCACAUCGUUUUCGGUGAUGUGAUGUCACCCCUCUUAUCGAGUCUUGCCACUUUACUGGCAGUACUUCUUUCCAUCAUGGGAGUCCGCGCAUUAGGCGAAACCGAUCUUAACCCCGUCUCCGGGAUCAGCAAGCUGACACAGCUCAUCUUCUCGCUCGCAACGCCAGCCUCGCAUUUCUCUCGACGCACGGCGCUCGUCACUAAUCUUCUUGCGGGUGCAGUCUCCGAGUCUGGAGCUUUACAAGCCGGGGAUAUGAUGCAGGAUCUCAAAACCGGUCACCUAUUGGGCGCAAGCCCCAAAGCGCAAUUCUACGGCCAGAUGAUAGGUAGUCUAAUCGGAGCGGUGCUCUCCACCGCCGUUUACAAGAUGUACGUGAGCGUCUACGAGGUUCCCGGGCCCAUGUUUCAGACCCCUACAGCCUAUGUCUGGAUCUUCACGGCCCGACUCGUCACAGGCCAAGGCCUUCCGCCCAUGGCAUGGCAGGCCUCCUUGGUCGCGGGGCUGGCCUUUGUGGUCGUGACUAUCCUGCGUAUCGUCGCUGCUUCCCCCAUUGCUAACGCGGGUCAACGCGGCGUGACCGCGCCGUGGAGGGACUGGAUCCCUGGUGGGAUUGCCGUAGCUGUCGGCAUCUUCAACGUACCUUCAUUCACACUGGCACGGGCCAUCGGAGGCUUGAUCGCUUGGUGGUGGUCUCGUCGCCACGCAGUUUCCACCCGUACGCCCCAGGACUUGGCUCCGCCAACAUACGCCGCCAGUGAUCCUGGCGCAAGCCACACAACCGCCUCGGAUUUCGCGGCGGCGGAUGGCAGUAACCCUCGCGUGUCAGGACCCACGUCGGAACAGGCUGGCAAGGAUGCGGACGCUGCCUCAUCGACCGUGGUCGUCUUAGCCUCGGGCUUGAUUCUUGGGGAAGGUAUCAUCAGUAUUGUGAACCUCCUUCUAGCGAGUGGCAAGGUGCCUCAUCUUUAGAUAUAGAUAGGACUAUAUAGUAGCUCUGCUCGGCAAUGCCUCGAUUGAAUAACUACCAUAGACAAGUUAUGCUGCCUGGACUAUGGAAGUCGCUCGAAGUGGGCCUUUUUCGUUUCCAUGACAGAGCGACUUUUGAUAUUCUUUUUGGAUUAAUCAGGAUUCUGUUCAGC